AUGGCUAGCCCUCCCGUUCUAGCUUUCGAUGCCGAGGGCCGUCCGGUGAAGUUCGAAACCUGGCUAGAUGACCUGCAUCUGUUCCUACAGCUCACUGCCAAGGAAGAUAUCUCACUGUACGACCACGCCCUAGGCCAUGCCACUGCCCCUGACUCGUCUGCUGACAGCACUCUGCGUUCCCAGUGGCAGACCCGUGAUGCACACGCUCGCUUUGCUAUUCGCAACUCCCUGCCGCUAGACGAGCGCGAGCACUUCGGCCAGUGCAAGACUGCUAAGGACCUCUACACAGCUGUAGUUGCCCGCUACUCCUCACCUGCUUCUGCCACACUAGGCCGCCUCACUCUCCCCUACCUGUUCCCCGACCUAGCCUCCUUUCACACAGUCGCAGACCUCAUCACCCACCUUAAGACUAGUGAGGCCCGCUUUCGCGCUGCUAUGCCUGCCGAGUUUCUCACUAGCAACCCCCCCCCGCUCUGGAUCACUCUCUACCACAUCGUCACCCGCCUCCCUGACUCUCUGCGCGUAGUCAGGGACCACUUCCUCUCUCGCUCCCCCACUGAGCUCACUGUUGCCCUCCUCGAGAAGGAACUGCUUGCAGCUGAGGCGAGUAUCGUCGCUGUAGGCACCUCUCGUGGCGACCCCCGCACCCCGUUCUUUGAGGGGUGUUCCCCUUCCCCCCUCCUCCCCUCUGUCGCCUCUGCUGCUGCUGUCGACCUUCUUGGUGCUGAGAAGGUCGGGACCGCGUCUGCUUCGAGCGGGCGCCGCAGGAACAAGGGGGGCAGGGGUGGGGGUGGCGGCGGAGGAGGUGGGGGUGGAGGCGGUGGGAGUGGAGGCGCGGCUGGGGAGACUAGUGGCGGCAGUGGGGGAGGAGACAGCAGCGGUGGGAGUGGUGGUGGAGGCGGCAGCGGAGGCGGAGGUGGUCGUGGCGGCGGCAGGGGUGGAGGUGGCCGGGGCGGCGGCGGUGGGGGUGGUGGUCGUGGAGGCACUGGCGGAGGCCCGAGUCAGCAGCCCGCCCCGACGCUUCAGGCCGCCCGUGAGUGGUAUGCGCAGCGUAGCGUUACCUGCACGUACGUCAUUCGCACAGGUGACCGCAGCGGCCAGCAGUGUGGGAGGCCGCACCCCACGCAGCGCUGCUUCGCGCGCCUUAACGACGCGUGGCGCACUCAGUUUCCUGCUGCCACUGAGCUGCCGCGCUGGGCUGAUCUGGAAAAGAGGGGUGUUGAUAUUUGGGCUUUAGACUUUGAUGCUAUUCUCACUGCCAUGUAUGCGAUGUCUAUUAGUGGAGAGGGUGCUCAGUACUUGCGUGUUCCGCCCGACCCGGGCAUUCAGGCCAGUCCGGCUGCCGCUCUAGGUGCUAGUGCGUCUGCUCCCACACGUCCUGGUGAGGCUGCAGCCCCAGGUGCUCGUGCGUCCGUGCCCCCUGGUACUGAGUCGACUGCAGCACUGCACACCUUCACACUGGACUCAGGUGCUUCUCGCUCCUUCUUUCGUGACCGCACUGUCCUUGAGCCACUCGCUCGGCCAGUUGCUGUCUCCCUUGCUGACCCCUCUGGGGGUCCGGUCAUUGCGACCUCCUCCACUGUCCUUCCUUGUCCGGCCGUCCCGUCCGGCACGCUGUCAGGUCUCUACCUCCCCUCAUUCUCUACGAACUUGGUGGCAGGUAGUGCGCUCCAGGACGGGGGUGUUCACCAGUUCACCCCUGCCUACGAGCGCGUGACACACUGCACGUGUGCUCGGACGGGUCGCCACCUGGCUACCUUCACUCGAGAGCCGGGGUCGGACCUGUACACACUGACCACUGAGUCCCCUCAGGUAGCUGCGUCCGCGUCUGCGUCUGCGUCAGGUCAGCUGUCCGCCCCCUGCUCGUGUCGCUCUCUGGCGCAUGAGACUGUCCUUUGGCACCACCGCCUUGGUCACCCGUCUGUGCAGCGCCUUCGGGCUAUGCACAAACGGGACCUUGUUGCUGGUCUUCCCAGGGUGCUUCCUCCCCUUCCCGACUCGCCUGCUCCUCCCUGUAUUCCCUGUGUCGAGGGACGGCAGCGCGCCGCUCCUCACUCCUCCUCCUUUCCCCCGACGACUGCUCCCUUGCAGACGCUCCACAUGGACGUGUGGGGCCCAGCCCGCGUCCGUGGUCAGGGUCAGGAGAGGUACUUCCUGAUUGUUGUUGACGACUUCUCGCGCUACACCACGGUCUUCCCCUUGCGCGCCAAGGGUGACGUCCCUGAUGUCCUGAUCCCUUGGAUCCGCAGAUCUCGUCUCCAGCUCCGUGAGCGUUUCCGCUCCGACUUCCCUGUCCUGCGUCUGCACUCUGACAGAGGUGGGGAGUUCUCCUCUGGCCUAUUGGAGGCCUUCUGUCAGCAGGAGGGCAUUGAGCAGUCGUACACGCUUCCGGACUCUCCACAGCAGAAUGGGGUUGCUGAGCGCCGCAUUGGUCUGGUCAUGGAGGUCGCUCGUACCUCCUUGAGCCAUGCGGCUGCCCCCCAUUUUCUGUGGCCGUUUGCAGUCCGAUACGCUGCGCAUCAGCUCAACCUCUGGCCCCGUGUCUCCUUGCCCGAGACUUCUCCGACACUGCGUUGGACGGGAGAGGCUGGCGAUGCGUUGCGUUUUCGGGUCUGGGGAUCCCGAGCUUUUGUCCGCGACACGUCCGCGGACAAGCUCUCCCGUCGUGCUGUCCCCUGCGUCUUCCUUGGCUUUGUCCCGGACGCCCCUGGUUGGCAGUUCUACCACCCCACCUCGCGGCGUGUCCUGGCCUCUCAGGACGUCACUUUUGACGAGUCCGUCCCCUACUACCGCCUCUUCCCCUACCGCACUGCCCCGCUCCCCCCCCCGCCUCUCUUCCUCGCUCCAGGUGCUGAGGUACCAGACCCCCUCCCCCCUCAGGGUGCCGCUCCCUCUGGUGUGUCCCAGGUAGACCCGGGUGAGCCUGUCGAGGUAGCUGUUGACUCUCGUCCUGCUCGGGGUGCUGAGCCUGGGGGUGCUGCGUCUGGGGGUGCUGAGCCUGGGGGUGCUGCGUCUGGGGGUGCUGAGCCUGGGGGUGCUGAGUCUGGGGGUGCGGAGCCUGGGGGUGCUGAGCCAGGAGGUGCGGAGCCUGGAGGUGCGGAGCCUGGAGGUGCUGAGCCUGGGGGUGCUGGGUCUGGGGGUGCUGCGUCUGGGGGUGCUGAGCCUGAGCGUGCUACACCUGGAGGAGCCCUCUCCUCCCAGCAGCUGCAGGAGAGGUACCUCGAGUACUGCCGCCUCCGGAGAGGUGCUGCUGGAGCUCGUCCCGGUACUUCCCCUCCUACCCAGGAGCUCCCCCCCAUUCAGCAGAUCCGCGAGUGGUACACACGGCGCUGCAGUCUUCGGAGUGGUGCUCCUGGUGCUGCGGACCCUGGGGGUGGCGCUGCAGCUGGUGCUGAGGACCCGGACGUUGGAGCUGCUGCUGGUGCUGCGGACCCGCCUGGUGGAGCUGCUGCUGGUGCUGUUGACCCGGCCGCUGGAGUCUCCUCUGCUUCUGGAGACGCUGCGCGGCCGCGACCGUACUUCGUACCGCUCCUUCAGCAGGUUCUUGGGCAGGCUCCUCCUCCUUGUCCUCCUCCCUCCGUAGAGUGUCCUCUGCCUGUCCAGUCGCAGUCACAGUUACCGCCUACCUCGCCUCUCCCUGCUCCCUCUCCUUACACUGGUCCCACAGGAGGUCUUACAGAGCGUCGUGAGCCUGAGUCUCGUCCUGCGUCGCCUGUUCGUUCUGCUCGCACUGGUAGUCGUGUCCGUCGUGAGCGUCCUCCUCCUGUCCCAGGCACUCACUACAUGACUCUGCGUCCCUCUACUGCUCCUCAGCGUGUCCCUCUACCGUCUCCUCCCGCGUCUUCUUUGCCUCACGUUCCGGACCCUGAGUCUGACCGGUACCGUGCUGAGCACCCUACUGUCACGCGUCUCCUCGCUACUGUUGUCACUGACCCUACCUUUGAGUCCUCGACUGCGUCUGCUCUGGUCGCUGAGUUGGUUGACUUUGCUGCUGCCUGUCGUCUGGACUACGCUGCUAGCCUUGUUGCUGAGUCUGAGUCUGAGUCUGUCUGUCCUCCGUCCGUCGGGGGUGAGUGUGCUCUUGGCACGGACGUCCUUGAGGACAGACAGGAGGAGUUCCAGUGUCUUGCUGCUGCUUUGCCCCGUCUCGUGUCCUUGCUAGUUGCCCCUGAGGGAGACCCGGAUGCACCAGACAUCCCGACCCCACGCACUUACGCUGAGGCGAUGGCGGGUCCCUACUCCUCUCAGUGGCAGACAGCCAUGGACGCCGAGAUGGCUUCCUGGAAGUCCACACGCACCUACAUCGACGAGGUUCCCCCUCCUGGGGCGAACAUCGUCAGUGGCAUGUGGAUUUUCAGGGUGAAGCGGCCGCCGGGUUCUCCGCCUGUCUUCAAGGCGCGUUACGUGGCUCGAGGCUUCAGUCAGCGAGAGGGAGUUGACUUCUUCCAGACCUUUUCCCCCACCCCGAAGAUGACUACUCUUCAGGUGCUGCUGCACAUAGCCGCUCACCGCGACUACGAGCUUCACUCACUUGACUUCAGCACUGCUUUCUUGCAGGGCAGCCUGCACGAGGAGAUCUGGCUGCGCCGCCCACCUGGCUUCACUGGGUCGUUUCCUCCUGGUACCCAGUGGAGGCUUCAGCGGCCGGUCUACGGUCUCCGCCAGGCUCCGCGUGAGUGGCACGACACACUGAGGACUACACUUGCGGCUCUUGGGUUCGCGCCUUCUACAGCUGACCCGUCGCUGUUCCUGCGCACCGACACUUCGCUGCCGCCGUUCUACAUCCUCGUGUACGUCGACGACUUGGUCUUUGCCACUGCUGACACUGCAAGACUCGCCUACGUGAAGUCGGAGCUGCAGAGGAGACACACGUGCACAGACCUGGGUGAGCUGACAAGCUAUCUUGGCUUGCGGAUCACCCGGGACAGAGCACGGCGCACCAUCACCUUGACUCAGUCACACAUGGUGCAGCAGGUUCUCCAGCGCUUUGGCUUCACGUACUCCUCGCCUCAGUCCACUCCUCUGCCUACCGGUCACUCGCUCUCAGCUCUGCCUUCGGAUGAGUCCGUAGAGCCGAGUGGCCCGUAUCCAGAGCUUGUGGGCUGCCUCAUGUACCUGAUGACCUGCACUCGACCUGACCUUGCAUACCCUCUUAGCAUCCUUGCACGCUAUGUCGCUCCUGGCCGUCACAGGAAGGAGCACAUGGAUGCCGCUAAGAGGGUGUUGCGCUACUUGUGUAGUACGUCGGGCAUGGGGCUUGUGCUUGGAGGGCGAGACCGAGUUGUGCUCACAGGGCACUCAGACGCUUCUUGGGCAGACGACCAGGCCACUCAGCGGUCGUCUCAGGGUUACACCUUCAGUCUUGGCUCUGGCUCAGUUUCUUGGCGCUCUACACGCUCUUCUUCUGUUCUCGGCUCCAGUUGCGAGGCUGAGAUCUACGCUACAGCCAUGGCUGCCCAGGAGCUACGCUGGCUGACCUACCUGCUGACUGACCUCGGAGAGCCGCCUCGUUCUCCUCCAGUACUGUACGUCGACAACAAGGCUGCCAUUGCCUUGUGUGAGGAGCACAGACUGGAGCACAGAACGAAGCACAUCGCCCUGCGGUACUUCCUUGCUCGAGAGCUGCAGCAGCGCGGUCAGCUUUGUAUUCGCUACGUGGCCACUGAGGCCAACACUGCUGAUGUGUUCACCAAGGCGCUUCAGCCUCGUGACCAUCAGCGCUUCUGCACUCUACUAGGCCUUGUGCCUACUGGACCUCACUUGCUUACCUCUUGA